CUGGACUCUUUCCAAACUGCCCAGAAGGAGAAGCCUUUCCUUUAUACUUCUGGCUUUCCCGUGCUCAACAGGUCCUUUUUCCCCGGCUUUCACACUCCGUCAGCAAAGAGCACCUAUUCUGCCAGGAUUCAGGUCCCUGAGGGUUUCACAGCUGUGAUGAGUGCCACAAGCUGGGAGAAGGAGAAGGAUAACACCUUUGUCUUUAAGAUGUCCCAGCCAAUCCCCUCCUACCUGAUCGCUCUGGCUGUUGGGGACAUUGUUUCUGCUGAAGUUGGCCCAAGGAGCCGUGUCUGGGCUGAACCUUGCCUGAUCGAGGCUGCCAAGAAGGAAUAUGAUGGGGUGAUUGAGGAGUUCCUGACAGUUGGAGAGAAGCUCUUUGGACCCUAUGUUUGGGGCAGGUACGACGUCCUGUUCAUGCCGCCCUCGUUCCCCUUUGGUGGGAUGGAGAACCCCUGCAUCACCUUUGUGACACCCUGCCUGCUGGCCGGGGACCGUUCCCUGGUGGAUGUCAUCAUCCACGAGAUCUCCCACAGCUGGUUUGGCAACCUGGUCACUAAUGCCACGUGGGGCGAGUUCUGGCUGAACGAGGGCUUCACCAUGUAUGCGCAGAGGCGGAUUUCCACUGAGGUCUACGGUUCUGCCUACACCUGCCUGGAGGCCGCCACGGGAAGAGCCCUGCUGCGCCAGCACAUGGACAACACCGGCGAGGAUCAUCCGCUGAACAAGCUGCGGGUGAUAAUCGAGCCAGGUGUCAACCCAGAUGACACAUACAAUGAGACGCCCUACGAGAAGGGCUAUUGCUUUGUGAGCUACUUGGCACAUCUCGUGGGGGACCAGAGCAAGUUCGAUGCCUUCCUCCAGGCCUAUGUGAACCAGUUCAAGUUCCAGAGCAUCACGGCAGAUGAUGCCCUCAACUUCUUUCUGGAAUACUUCCCUGAGCUGAAGAAGAAAGGCGUGGAGUCCCUGCCAGGCUUUGAGUUUGAUCGCUGGCUGAACACGCCUGGCUGGCCCCCUUUCCUGCCUGACCUCUCCCCGGGGGAGCAGCUGAUGAAGCCGGCGGAGGAGCUGGCAGAGCUCUGGGCUGCCAACAACCUGAACAUGGAGGCCAUCGAAGCAGUGGACAUCUCUGUCUGGAAAACCUAUCAGCUGGUCUACUUCCUGGAUCAGAUCCUGCAGAAAUCCCCUCUGCCGGAAGGCAACGUGGAGAGGCUGAGCGAGAUGUACCCAAAGAUCUCCAAGGCGCAGAAUGCCGAGCUGCGUGUCCGUUGGUGCCAGAUCGUCCUCAAGAACAACCACGAGGCCGAGUACAGCAAGGUCAAGGACUUCCUCCACAGCCAGGGGAAGCAGAAGUACACCCUGCACGUCUACCGCGCCAUGUGGAGCGGCUCAGAGACAGCCCGCGCCCUGGCCAUGGAGACCUUCUCRGCUACGGCCCCUCAGCUCCACGUCAACGUCCAGAAUUACGUCAAGAAGAUCCUGGGCUUGGAGGUGGCGGAGAAUUAGCGAGUGCUGCAGCCGUGGCGCUACUCUUCCCUGAUGGAGCUGCGCUGCGGAGCUUUCUUGUGGCAGAACCUCUGAAAUCAUUGCACAAAUUCCCUUAUUAAAAUUUGUAAUUUGUAGCCUU